CCAAAUGUCCAGGCCCAUUUGUCGUAACCAGGCCACAGGAAGAGAAGUCAGCGAAGGUUUGUGUGAUCCUACCAUUAGACCACGUCCUCAAAUUAGAAUGUGCAACAAUCACCAAUGCCCUGCAGUAUGGAUAACUGAAAGUUGGGGCUCAUGUUCUGUAUCUUGUGGCGGUGGACAUCAGACUCGUCUAGUUUAUUGCGCCAGAGGAGGGCCUAAUGGUACUAGAGCACGCAUUAGCGACUUCCUGUGUUCAAAAAAGAAACCAGUUGGCCAUCGACGCUGUAACACCCAAAGCUGUCCACGUUGGAUCGAGGAUCCAUGGUCAGGGUGUUCGGUGACAUGUGGUCAUGGUGUACAAACAAGAAACGUAGUUUGCAGAGACCACAGCGGGCACGUCAGCAAAGAAUGUGACUAUCGACUGAUGCCUGCUACUGAACAAGACUGCAGCAGUGGGAUUAGUUGUCCUAUCAGUGAACAGUCUGUGCCAAAGAUUCACGCCCAAGAAGACGCUCCUCCGGAACACUUCUAUCCUCUACUGUGGACCCAGCAAAGUGUUGGUCCAGCGGAACUUUCUGGAGAUCCAUGGUUUGAAGUAAGUGAUUGGGAACCUUGUAGCGUAACUUGCGGUGAAGGUACUAGACGUCGAAUUGUUGAGUGCAAGAUCUUUCUCGAAUUCUCACGUUCGGUGGCAACUUUACCAGACAGAGAAUGUCCAGGACCUCAACCUGCUAACCUGGAAAAGUGUUUUCCACGUCCUUGCUCUUUGGAUCAAAACAAGGAUGAGUUGAAGAAUAAUGUCGAUGAUAAAAAUAUCCAGCCAGGACCCUUCUACGAUACUAAAUUCGUCACCUCUCCUGAUCUGAAACCCACGAACAAGGAAGGAGGAAAAAUGGGGAUUGAAGUAACUUACUCGUGGCGGAAGGCUGGUUUCACUCCUUGCAGUGCUUCGUGUCUAGGAGGUAUCCAAGAGACUAUCAUUCAGUGUGUUCGGGAUCACGACCAAGCCAUCGUGAGUCCUUACCUGUGUGACAUAAGUAAGAAACCUGGAGCUAUCACUCAAACCUGCAAUGAUCAUGCUUGCCCACCGAGGUGGAACGUGUCCGACUUCUCGGUCUGUUCUAAGUCAUGUGCGGGUGGUCUACAAACUCGGACAGUCCAGUGCAUACAUGAAGUGACCCGAGGAGCAGCAAACACCCUAAUAGUGGCAAACAACCUGUGUCCACAGCCUCCACCAAGAGUACAACAACUCUGUAACGUUAACGACUGUCCCACCAGAUGGCGUGUGGAACAAUAUAGCAAGUGCUCUCAACGAUGCGGUGGAGGAAUUAAGACACGGAAAGUCAAGUGUGAGAAAGAGUUAGCAUUCGGUCGUAUUGUUAGCCAACCAACGUCAAUGUGUCCUAAAAAACGACCACGAUCUGAGAAACCUUGCAAAGUAAAGCCAUGUGGUAGUGACACAGGGAAAACACCUUAUAUCAAAACAUCUGAUCAGAAUUACGUCCAGAAGAAUCCUACUAAGAAACUUAAAUUAAGCAUUGGAGGUCAUGCUGUUUUAUUUGAAGACACUAGCGUUAAGAUUCGAUGCCCAACACGAAAUUUCAAUAAAUCACUAAUCGUGUGGUACAAGGACAAAAUACGGAUUGAAAAAUCAAGGAAAUUUAAAAUUUCGCGAAGAGGGUCACUGAGAAUUCGUCAUCUAACUUCUGACGAUAAUGGGAAAUAUUCAUGUGCAGCUGGCCCGGCUAAAGCUAAUAUCACGCUUCUAGUCAAGCCAAUUCCACCAGGGUAUGGUCGUUCGGAUGAAGACAAGACAGUUGAAAGACCAGAUUUCGAUCUUGAUUGUAACAAUGCAGUCUGUUUGGACGGAAAUUCCCGAAUCAGUUCAAUUGAGUCCAACAAGUUCAUUCAGCAGAACCCGAAACAAAAUGUUCAUUUAAAAACUGGAGGUUAUGCUUCACUUUUUGAUGGUACAAAGUUAAAGCUCAGAUGUAUUAAUCAACCAAAAGGCAACGCUCUUAUAGAAUGGUACAAAGACAAAAAUAAGCUACAAUCAAACAAGAAAUAUACCAUAACUUCAACAGGGAAGCUAAAAGUGAAAGAGUUAACGAAAGAAGACAGUGGGCGAUACACUUGUUUAGUGGGUCCAAUGAAAAGUGACAUAUUUGUUUCAGUGAAAUCUUCCCCACCUGGAUACGGAAGAUUUGAUGAAGACAAAACUGUCGAGCGUCCUUUCUUUCCAUUAGGUGAGCAGCUAGGGAACGUAGAAGAUGCCAACUACAGCCAUGAAGAUAGAGAUGAUGCCUUGAAAGGCAAUGAGCAUUACAAUCAUAAUUUUUUUUCAAAUCGUCCAAGGUUUCACAAACCUGGAUUAAAACAAACCAAUCGUGAAAAGUCUAAGACCCGACAGCGAGGAAAAUUUCGGCCUACUAAUCCUUUGAGAUCAAAAACCCACAUAUUUGCCUCCAACCCAUCGCCUGCAGAUGACAUGCCACAUCCCAAAGUGCUCGAUACCUGGGAAUAUCAACACGGCAGCGCCCUCUUUUCAGACCAGGAAAAGGAUGAUCUCAAUGCCGGUACCCCCCACGGUGGCCAAGGCAUCCCCGAUUCUCCACAGGAGGAAGAGGGUGACCAGUUACGCUCAGGGGCGGCCAGCAAUCACGCCCUACCUCAUCUUCAGCAGCUUUUAGUCAAUCUAAGGCAAACAUUAAGAGGUGAUUACAAUGGAUUCCCUAUUGAUCACGCUGAAGAAGAGCCAACAACGCCAGAAAUGAUUAGUCCAGUUGGACCUUUAGCCAACAGUGUUUUCCUAGGAAAGGGAAACCCUGAGAGUUUGAAAUUUGACUGGGAUGUAACUGAAUGGUCAGUCUGUUCUCACACGUGUGGGGGAAACGGUUAUCAGGUUCGAGUGAGCCAGUGCGUUGUUCGACUGAACAACGUCUCCAGGAGCGUUGAAAAUAAUAUUUGUGCUGAUUCAGGACUCGACCCUCCAUUGACAAUCCAGAAGUGCGGGCUAGAAGAAUGUCCACAUUGGGAAACUGGAGCUUGGUCAGAGGUAGAGGAGGAACGCUUCUUCAGUGGGGAAACUACAUCUCAAAUCUCUGGCAAGGCACAGGAGUGUUCUGAAAGUACCUGUUUUACUUGGAACACUGCAUACCAGAAAAGAGAUAUUUUCUGUCGCCUACCAAAUGAAACUGAAGUAGAUGGGGUUCGUUGUGAAGAAAGAACACGACCAAGGCGGAGAAGAGAGUGUUACAAUGAUCAAUGCAGAGGUGUCUGGAAAGUUGGAGACUGGUCAGAGUGUACAGCAACUUGUGGUGAUGGCGGUUUUAGGAGUCGGAUACUUCAAUGUGUUUGGUUUGGUACUAAGGAAGUUGCAGGAAAUGCCUGUCGGGAUCAACCACGUCCUAGCGUGGUACAAAAAUGUACUGGACCUCCGUGUACUUCAAGUAUCCAGUGUGUAGACUUGUCGCAAUAUUGUGGAUUGGCAAAGACGCUGAACAUGUGCAGGAUGUCGCAUUAUCGUGAACAGUGCUGCAAAACCUGCUUAAGAAGAUAAAAUGUUAAAGUUGAGGGCAUGGAGUGUCUAGACUAGACGUGAACUACGGGUGAUGUAACGGGUUAUGUAUCGUCAGUCGUUUCUUAAGAAGAAAGUGCUCAUUUAACGCUAAUGUGUGCCCUCUUAAAUAAUAAGGUAGUGAAAAAAAUAUAGCAAAUCUCAAAAAUAUUUCGUUUCUAUCAUGCUGAUGAGGCUCUUCAGUAUUUUCUCCUUAUUUAAAUUAAGCUGAUGCAUUGUGAGUGAAGCCGAGCGUCGAUGUUAGGCCAAUUCGUGUUCUGUGUAUAAUUUUUAUUUUUCAUUGUUGGUGAAUUCUCUCCGUGUGCCAUAUAUAUCUAUAUAUAUAUAUAGGAUGUUUAACUUAUACCUAAACAGGAAAGGUGUUUCCAGUUUACUAUUUUAUUGUGUAAAUGGUCGUUCCCAGGGAUUUUGCUAGUCAGCUUUCUCCAGUAUCUUGGGAUUUUCAAUGAAAAGUCCUUAAAAAUAGCACCUCAAGCUGGAAACAUUUUUACGUAAGAGAUACAAGAAUAACUAUUUUGAGACACGAAAUAUUCAAACUAUAAGAAUAAAUAUGUUAAUUAUGAGACUGAAGCACGGAAUAAGAGAAUUUGUGGCACCUUUGGAUUAACGACCGUGUGAAAAUGUCUGUAGUUUUAAACUUUUAGCAUUGUACUCUACCACUGUUGCAUGAAAUAUUGAGCCCUAGAAUGAAACGAAUGAGUAAAGCUGAAACUGUCGUUUGUUUAGUCAUUUUAGUGUGAAAAAUGACUAAUUAUUACUACGUGAUUUGAAGAGGAAGGUUAAUAAUUUAUGGACAUCAAUGUGAUUAUGAGUUGGUGAAAAACUAAAUGACCAUCCUGCAUCUCAGACUACUCAGCGAUUACUUUCAACCAAAUGCAUUCCAUCUUAUGUGAGAACAUCAUACGAGAGCAACUAGACAAGACUGCCAUAGAAGCGUUUAAACUCUACUAACAGAAAAAUGAUUUGAGGAUAAAAGUAUUGAAAGCUCAGAUAUCUCAUAGUAAUACAGAAAAGUUAUGUGUAAUCUUUGUUGUAAGUGUUAAUGUUAUUGACGUGUAUACUAUGUUGUCUUUGGCAUUGGAGAUCCUAAGAACAAUGGUUUGUAAAUGAAUUGUUUUGUUAGCAUAUAUAUUAUAAUAUUAUAUUUCAGUUUUGGGAAACGUAUCAUCAAAUUAUUACAGUUUUUUUUUCUCUUUAGCAUUUUAUAGCUUAAUGUCGAAUAUCUAGUACGUAAUGUCUGUCUGGCUAUUUAAUAACAUUCUGACAUUUACAUGGGUCUUUACACGGCGCUACUUGCUAGUCUAUAAACUAGUUUAAUAAAUCUUGCGGAAUUUCUCAAUUGAUUGAAAAGUUCAUAGAUUAUACUAAAUUGUCCAAUUUCGAUUCGAAACGAAACUAAAAUAAUCAAAAUAGGGCAUGCUAGCAUCAGAUAUCCGUUCCUAUGACCCUAAAUCUAUACACCUUGUAAAUAUCAUUUCACAAUAUUUGUAACAAAAUUGCAACUCUUAAAUGACAAAAAUAGUUUUUACGUAAGGAUUAUUCUUUCUAUCUCAUUUAAAAUUAUCACUACGUUUGUUUAGAAUUUAAAGUUGAAAGCUAACGUUUCAAUCAGCAGUAGAUUUUAGAUGAGAAGUUAUUCAUGCUUUUUCUUGUUAUGCUUGAUAAAUAUUUAUGAGAGAAAAAAUAUAGCUUUAUCUAAAGUUUAACCUUUUCUUUGUAGUUAAAUUAGUAAUGAAUAGUUAUAUUAUAGUGUAAAAGUUUAUCUGUGAGCUUUAUCUAAAGCUUGAACUUUUCGUUUUUAUUGUAGGUCAACUGAUAAAGAGUGGUUAUAUUGUAAAUAGUAUGUAAACUAUCAGAAGUUUUUUCUUUCUCUUUUUGUAAGUCAUUCUUUUCUGACCAAAAUUUACACAUGAUUGAGGUACACAACGAAAUAAUUAAUCUGGAAGUUUUAUCAAUAUUUUCUUCCCGUUCCUUGGAUGGAGAUACUAAAGCGAGUCAUUGAUAGAUUGAUUAGUGUGUUACAGUCUUUUGUUUUAACACAAGCUGAAUUGCUUCUUUAUGUGGGUCAUGUGCAUUAAACUUUAUAGUUGUAAAAAUUACCUUGUGAAACUUCAAAUAAAUCUUAGGUACCGGCUAAUAAUUUUAUGUGUUUAAAAUAUACAGCUAUAUUUCUAAAGAUAGACAUAAACAACCCGUGACGCAUGGAAUUUUUAUUUUAAUUUGAAGCGUGUUUAGGCUUAUGAUUGGGCUUCAGCGAGCUUUUUCACUUUUGUCCAAUAGUAAUGGCUCACUAUGCAGUUUCUUAAACCUUCAAUUGUAACAACAGUUAUAAAGCAGGAAUGAUUAUUCAAAAAUGCUGAAACUUCUUUUAGUAUAAACUAACAUGCAGCACACAAAUAAGAAAAUUAUUCAAAUAAGUAAACUCUAUCUAGCUUACUAUUGGUUCCAAUCGUGAAUUUUAUAUAAUUUUGAUCUAAGUGUCAGACUUCGAUACAUGUGACAAUAUGUAAUAAAAUAUGGUUUGCUGCAUCUGAUUUAAAUUAUAAUUUAGUCAUUUAAUAAAAUUUCGUUUUGUUUGCUCAUAAAGUUCUGAAUUAAAUCAGGAUUUUAAAAAAAUUCACCAAAAUAAUUAUCGCUAUUUAUAGACUAUAAUGUUUUAAGGCUUAACAAAUAUGAUAAAGCAUAGAAGUAUAUUUUAAUGGAAAAUUCGACUAAUAUGUGACUCAUUUUCAUUCUUAUAACUUUUAUAAAAAUUAUUUUGAAAUUUUUUCUAUGUUUUCUUUUUAAUGACUGGAUAUUUAGAACUAUAUAUCUCACCCAAGUAUCAAGAGCAUAAUGAAAUAUAUUUAAUAUUUUCGAAGUCUUCUUUUAUGCAGUUCUACAAUAAUUAUUACUCAGGAGAAGCUGACAAAAAAUUGUAAAAACAAAAUCCCUAGAACUAACGCCCUUAUAAUUUAUUUGUGAGAAUCGUAAUUUAUAAUUUUUCUCCAAAAUCUUUACGUGAACUACUUCAGUAUUCAUAUAUUAGGUACUCUUUUCCUAUAAGGAUUAAUUAGAAGAGGUAAUGUUUCGAAGGUCUAUAAACUUAAAGAAUUUUCUAUUAGGUAAUGAAAUAUUCAACUAAAGGUUAAGACUUUAUUCAUAAAUUGAAUUUUAGGUUUCUUUUAAUCAUUUUUAGGAGUUCAUAACUUGCACCAGAUUAUUGCUAUUUCAGUACAUUUUCCUAUCACUUUCAGCCUAAUAAUAUUAUAUCAAUUAAGAUUAUACAAUAACGCCGUUCCUUUCUGAAACCUGGUGUUGCAUCUGUAUAGUAAAGUGCACUUUUAUUAACAACUAGAAUAGUUCACGUAUUUCGAAUCGGAAUCAUAUUUUGUGCACAAAAAUUCGGCAUUAUUACAAUUUAAAAACAGCAAUAAUUAAAAGGGGAUUUAUUAUAGUGUUAGAUAUGCGUUGAAACAAGUAUGUUAAGCCGUAAAACAUACUAGAAAAUAGAAGAAGAAACCAUCUUAAUAGGAACGUUUAAUUGGUCAAACACUGGUUCUAGUCCUGUACUGUUUUUGUGUACGCCUAUGCGUAGCUCUCUCCUCUGUUUUCCUGUUGUAUUCUGUAAAUAGAAUUGAAAUGUUGAAAUACAUUUAUGAUUGCAAUACGAGCUUUAAUAUCUCUGAAAAUGUUAUUGAUAAGACAUGUGAAGUUCGCUUGCAAUCUAACGUUUGUGUAAAUGAAGCAAUAACAAAGUAGUUAUAGUAUCACGUGUUUGUCAGUUUACUGUCAAGUUUAGGUUAAAUUUUCAAUCUGAAAAUAACUUAUUAAACAUGUUAUAAUAUUCAGUUUUCAGUGAUUAUGAAAUGGUUCAGAAACCAAAGAGAAUAUGUUAGGACCAAUUAUAGAGUUGAAGAAAAGUUUGUCUCAGGGUAUGGUUAUCAAUAAUUUAUAUCAAAAAUAUUUCCUAUGCGUCAUAACGUGUAUAUAAACGUGAAUAAUCAAAGACGCUGGAAUCAUUGUUAGGCCUAAGUAGAUUAGUGAAAGGCAAUAUAGGUUUAUGAAAAUAAACAUGCAUAGAAUAUCAGCAAAAAUCUACUGUUGAUGGAAUGAAGAAACUGUUUUAUACUGCAAAUGGGGUUUGUAUAAUUGACGAUGUAUAUACACAAGUCAGGUAUGCAGGAAGUCACUUAUCGUAGUAAAUUUCGCUUUAUUCCAUUAAAUGGAGUUAAAAGAUAUUUCAAAGAAUUUUAAUUGAUUAACUAUUAUGUUUCAUGUGACUUUUACAGCACUGUUUUUAUAUAUACAUACAUAUGUUUGUGUGUUAUGUAAAAACAUAAUUUAAAUGAGUUAGAUUUAUUAGAAUAAAAUAUUUUACACUUAUUUUAUUCUUUUUUCUAAGUAACGAAACUUUUGAUCAAAGUUUUUUGUGGUUUAGUACUGAUAUUAAUUAUUGUGUGUUCUUAAAAAGUUCAUGAGGAAUGUGUAUACGUUGUUUUGCAUAUUGUGCCCCCUCCCAAGUCCUAUCGUAAAGAAGAGUUUUUAUAUUUGAAUAUUUCACUUUUAAUUACAAGUAUAUUUUUUCUUUAAUCUUUCAAACGUAAUAUUUUAUGAGCAUUAAGGUUGAUUAUAUUGAAACUUUGUUGCGGUUUGAUCACUGCCGUAGUGUUAAUGAGCCUUUUCUGUGAAUAACAUAAUGGCAUUAUUAAUACUGACAAAUUCAAAAUUAGAGAAGAUCGGCGUAGGCCUGGUUAGCACGCUAUGGAAAAGUACAAUAAUACUAUAAGUGGUUUGCCAGCAAUAAACUGGCUAACUUGUAGUAACAUAUACGUGUAUUAAAUUUUAAGAAUGUAGUUAAUGAGAAAUCCAGGGAUAUGUAUCGUAUCUCUGAAAAUAUUUCGUUAUUCAAUUUUCUUUAAACGUUAGAUUUAAAUGUCGUCACAAGAUGCUCCUUUGUGUUUUCCUGUGGUUAUUGGAUUAAUGCAGAUUCUCUAUUGCAAGUUUUCUUCUUGCAUUUUGUGUUUUGCUUCAUUUGAUGUAAGCAAAUAUGUGAAUAUUUAAAGAAGGAAUAUAGAAUUCAGAACUCUCAGCACUAGUUUCCUGGUUGGUUAGCCUGAAUGUCGUAGAGAAUUGAAGUCACAUAGGUAAUAAUGAAUUUUGAUACUGUUACUUGCCCUUGAAAGCAUACGUCCUUCCUGUGUGAGUCUAGUUUUGCCUCUAAAUUGCGUGUAGUGACAGGAACAAGAGGUAGGUUACAGGUGAAAAUUUUAGAGCUGUGUAGAAAAUACUGAAUUGGCAAAAAGUGUGCUAUUUUUAAGACUAUUCUUACGCCAUCUUAUUCAGUAUAUUGAACAAUUGAUGCUUGCACAUGUGCUUAUUAUGAUACGAAUCACAACAUUCCAAUGUUAUUUAGGCGUAGUGCUAUACAUGUACACAAUAUUUAUGUUCUAGUUUCUGGCAUAUGUGUGUGUGUGUGUGCGUGCAUGAAAAUGUUCCCCAAGAAAAAUAAAGUUAAGUAAUGUAGUUAAA